AUGAAAGCGCGACAAUUGCAGGCUCUACUAGCCGGCGCCAUCAUCGCCACGGUGCUAUUAUUUCUCGCGACCCAACAUCUUCGCUCGCACGGGUUUCCUAGUGGCCGGGGGGAAUUCAGCGAGGAUUCAGCGUCGACUUUCGAUGAUAACCAAGGCGCUGUUUCGGAUGUGCACGCGCAAUCUCAGACAGGGUUUGCUGCCACCCUCCCGCGGAGGGACCUGAACGUACCCAGGAGGUCAUCUCUGCAGGAGUGGGACAGCGCAUGGGACGACAAGACACUUUGGCCCGAGGAGCCAGGUCCGGCGGUGGCAAAGUCAGCUAACGAGUCUGCUCACUGGGCGUCUGCAACAAAUCACAUUUUACCUGACGAGGUGGAGGAAAUCUUAGGGUCCAUUUGGAGGGAAGAAGAUGGGGAUAAUUCGACUUCAAAGGCUGGGCAUCUCACUUGUCCAUUGCAGAGAGGGUCGCGAUACAAUCUACUCCGGGACAAGGCUGCGGGUAGCGGCCAAGUGCAAUUCUUCUUUGCGCUGAAUCUACAUCAAUCUAUCGACGUGAUCCCACGACUGAUGGGAAGUGUCCUCGAGACAGUACGGUUCUUGGGGCCUGAACACUGCGCGAUCUCGAUCGUGGACGGCCGAUCCGACGAUGGAACGUAUGAAGUUGUCGCGGCGCUCAGACCGCGCGUUGAGAGCAUGGGCGCGCAAUUCUAUCUCUCAGCCACGAGGAGCCGAGCGAAAGAUGAAGACUUGCAGCGGGCUGAGCGCUUAUCGGCGAUGCGCAAUAAGGUUCUUGAGCCUUUGAGGGAAGUCACCUCGACGGGUCCCGUAAGAGGGCUUUCGGGUACGUUUUCGCCCGAUACGGUUGCUGUGAUACUGGAUGCUAUCGCUCUGUGCCCGGAAGAUAUUCUGGAACUCAUCUUGCAGCAUGUUCAUCAAGGUGCGCGAAUGUCCUGUGCUGUUGAUUGGAUUUGGAACGAGACGCUGGUGUCCAAUUCUCGUGAUGUACGAUCACUCGACGGGACUCCGAUCUUUGAUAUAUCACGUGGGAGUUCCAUCUCUCGCGUUGAGGAUGUGCUUUUCCAAAAUCACACCAACAGGCAUCGCUACGCGUCUCUGCCGGUUCAAGUCUACUCAUGCUGGGGAGGAAUGGUUGUCUUGGAUGCGUUGCCCUUUGCCGAAGAUUGGAUCAAAUUCCGAUUAGCGGCAUCGGGGGAAUGCGUAACCAGUGAGGCAAUGUUACUCGCGAGAGAUCUCUAUCAGCGCCGAGGGGGGAGGAUCAUGGCCGUUCCGGCAAUCAAUGUGGCGCACUCCAACAAGGAUGCCGCUGAGAUCAAGCAGCUUCGAGGAUACGUGCAGGAUCAUGUCCACAUGUUCCAGCCCGCCUUGGACAAUCAAGAGACGAUUGGCUGGCAGCGUGCACCGCCUGCAAUGGUCAAAUGUCUCUCAUCGCAGGAUGAUCCUCGUUGGAUGAAGAUGCAAGACACAAUCAGGACCCAGACCAGAGGUGAAUGA